CCUAUCCUGUUUGAUCGCCACGUCAACUUGCAGACUUUUUUGCACACAGUAAGCAAUAAAGGAAUCUGCUUAUAAUACAGGAGACGGGCAUCUUCAUUUAAUCACCUUUUUACAAAACCUUUUCAACCAACUCGCUAAACCCGACCGGGAAAUAAGACAAGAUGGUGCUCUUCACCGUCGACGAAAUUCGUGGUCUUAUGGACAAGCGCUUUAACAUUCGUAACAUGAGUGUUAUUGCUCACGUCGAUCACGGUAAAUCCACAUUGACAGAUUCAUUGGUCUCAAAAGCCGGUAUUAUCGCCUCCGCCAAGGCUGGUGAUAUGCGUUACACAGAUACCCGUGAUGACGAAAAAGAACGUGGUAUUACUAUCAAGUCUACCGCUAUCUCCAUGUACUUCCCUAUGGACAAGAACCAAUUGGAAGCAGUCAAGCAACAAAAAGAUGGUAACGAAUUCUUGAUCAACUUGAUCGAUUCUCCAGGUCACGUUGAUUUCUCUUCUGAAGUCACUGCCGCUUUGCGUGUCACAGAUGGUGCUUUGGUCGUCGUCGACUGUAUCGAAGGUGUCUGUGUGCAAACCGAAACCGUCUUGCGUCAAGCUUUGGGUGAACGUAUUAAGCCAGUUGUCUGCUUGAACAAGGUCGACCGUGCUCUUUUGGAAUUGCAAGUCGGAAAGGAAGAUUUGUACCAAUCUUUCUCCCGUACAAUCGAAUCAGUCAACGUGGUUAUCUCCAUGUACAACGACCCUGUCUUGGGUGACUCCCAAGUUUACCCAGAAAAGGGUACCGUCGCUUUCGCUUCCGGUUUGCACGGUUGGGCUUUCACCUUGCGUCAAUUCUCUGCUCGUUACGCAAAGAAGUUCGGUACUGACCCAGACAAGUUGAUCAACAAAUUGUGGGGUGACAACUACUUCAACCCAAAGACCAAGAAAUGGACCACAAAGGACAAGGAUGCCGAUGGAAACCAAUUGGAACGUGCUUUCAACAUGUUCGUUUUGGACCCCAUCUUCAAGAUCUUUGACUCUAUCAUGAACUUCAAGAAAGAAGACACCGCCAAGAUCCUAGAGAAGCUCGAAAUCCCAAUCACCCAAGAUGAACGUGAUUUGGAAGGUAAGGCAUUGCUCAAGGUUGUUAUGCGUAAAUUCUUGCCAGCCGGUGAUGCAUUGUUGGAAAUGAUUGUCAUUCACUUGCCAUCCCCAGUCACUGCACAAAAGUACCGUGUCGAGACAUUGUACGAAGGACCAAUGGACGAUGAAUCCGCUAUUGGUAUCCGUGACUGUGACCCUAACGGACCAUUGAUGUUGUACGUUUCCAAGAUGGUGCCAACAUCCGAUAAGGGUCGUUUCUACGCUUUCGGACGUAUCUUCUCAGGUACCGUUCGCUCAGGACCCAAGAUCCGUAUCCAAGGUCCUAACUACACACCCGGUAAGAAGGAAGACUUGUUCGUCAAGUCUAUUCAACGUACCGUUCUCAUGAUGGGUCGUUACGUCGAACCAAUUGAAGAUUGCCCAGCUGGUAACAUUUUGGGUUUGGUCGGUGUUGAUCAAUUCUUGCUCAAGAACGGUACCUUGACCUCAUCAGAGACUGCACACAACAUGAAGGUGAUGAAAUUCUCCGUCUCCCCUGUCGUGCAAGUCGCCGUUGAAGUAAAGAACGCCAACGAUUUGCCCAAAUUGGUCGAAGGUUUGAAACGUUUGUCCAAAUCCGACCCAAUGGUGCAAGCAUGGAUCCACGAAACUGGUGAACACAUUGUUGCCGGUGCCGGUGAAUUGCACUUGGAAAUUUGCUUGAAGGAUUUGGAAGAAGAUCACGCUCAAGUUCCCCUCAAGAUUUCCGACCCAGUCGUCGGUUACCGUGAAACCGUUCAAGCUGAAUCUUCCAUGACCGCUUUGUCCAAAUCACAGAACAAGCACAACCGUCUUUACCUCACAGCCGCUCCCCUUGACGAAGAAUUGUCCAAGGCUAUCGAAGGUGGUAAGGUUAACCCUCGUGACGAUUUCAAGAUCCGUGCACGUUUGUUGGCUGACGAAUAUGGUUGGGAUGUUACCGAUGCUCGUAAGAUUUGGUGUUUCGGACCUGAAACCACAGGUGCUAACUUGUUGGUUGAUACCACAAAGGGUGUGCAAUACUUGAACGAAAUCAAGGAUUCAUGUGUUGCUGCCUUCCAAUGGGCAACCAAGGACGGACCAUGCUGUGAAGAGCCAAUGCGUGGUGUCAGAUUCAACAUUAUGGACGUUACAUUGCACACUGAUGCUAUUCACCGUGGUGGUGGUCAAAUUAUCCCAACAUGUCGUCGUGUGUGCUACGCAGCCGUCUUGUUGGCAACUCCUGGUUUGCAAGAGCCUGUUUACAACGUCGAAAUUCAAUGCCCUGAAUCUGGUUUGGGUGGUAUCUACUCCACACUCAACAAGAGAAGAGGAAACGUUUACAGUGAAGAACAACGUCCAGGUACACCAAUGUACACCGUUAAGGCAUACUUGCCAGUCGCUGAAUCUUUCGGUUUCAACGCCGAUUUGCGUCAAGCAACUGGUGGUCAAGCAUUCCCUCAAUCAGUCUUUGACCAUUGGGCUUUGAUGAACGGUGAUGCAACUGACAAGACCAGCAAAUUGGCUGAUUUGGUUAAGAGCAUUCGUGUCCGUAAGGGAUUGAAGGACGAAAUGCCCGCAUACGAUUACUACUAUGACAAACUCUGAUUUAUACUGUUCAUUCACCACUGCACGAUGUAUGUUAUAUGUUACAUCUGUUUCAAAAAUAUUCAUGGCUUCACUCUUUGAUGAUGUUUGCGGAGAUUUUAGUGACAUAAAAUUUCAGAAGAUGUGUAUGAAUGAAAUAAGAGAUGAUUGGUAAAGGUAGAAAGAGAUUGUGCAUUACAGUAAGAGAAGAAGAGCUGUUCCUUCCUGUAAGUCUUUCGAGCAGUCCUGUGUACCGGCGCUGGAAAAGAUAUGUUUACCAGUUUCGUUAAAUGCAAGCUUGCACUACGGUCAGACUUG